AGAGAGAGAGAGAGAGAGAGAGAGAGAGAGAGAGAGAGAGAUACGAAUCGGAGAAGAUGGAAAGGUCAAAGGUCGCCACUGUGAUUCUGAUAUUCACCAUCUUCACCGUCGUUUCUUCCAUCGACGACAAAUGCGCCGCCUGCAAUGCCGUCGCGGAAGAGCUAGAAUGGGGAAUUUCCAAGGAAAAGCCCAGAAACCACUUGGAUAUGAGACACCGGUUGGACUCCCAAGGUCAACGGCGAGGAAAGGUAAUCGACUACAGAGUCAGUGAGCUCAGAGUUGUUGAACUCCUUGAUGGACUUUGUGACAAGAUGCAGGAUUACACUCUUAGCAAGAUAGAUUCAGACAGACCAGUUUGGAUCAAAGUGCGUGAUUGGGAUAACCUUACGAUAGUUUUAGAUAAACAAGAAGCUAGAGCAUAUUCAAAGGAUAUAUCAACUUAUUGUGGAAGGUUACUUGAGGAAACAGAAGAUGAGAUUGCAGACUUGAUAAAGAAAGGAUCUUUAGGAGUAGGAGAUGUAAGCAAGGUUCUAUGUCAGGAUCUGAGCAAACACUGCAGCAAAACAAGUGCAUUGGAUGAGGAAAAUGGAUCUAACGGUGGAUCAGAUGGAGAACUCUGACGUGCCUGAAUUCACUGCUAUUCUAUUGAAAGUUUGGUCGGCUUAGUUGGCAUUGCCUUAUAAGUGUAAUGCUCGAGUGACGAUCAUUCUUAUACGAACAAAUUUUGCUUCUAUACUUAUGCCAAUAUGUUGUUGAACUAAUACCAGGAGAAAUUUUCAUAGAACUCAAGCAGGUGUUUCUAUCUUUCUUUCAUCUAGGCAAAUGCAUCGCAAGAACCUAUAUGAACUUGUAAACAGCCUCCUUGCUGUAACUUUCUUGAGAGAUUUCACAUUUGCAUUGCCC